AAUCACGCCGCGAUGCAGAGACCAAAGACGAUCAGCGAUCUUUGAUUGUUACUUGUACUCUAUCUCAGACGUGUUGAUUUGUCGUGGGAACGAUCUGAGUGACAAGAUUGUCGUGUCUAUUUUCAGGCAAAACGAAACAUUGUGCUAAACUUUCCAUGACGGCCAUCAAUGCCACCAUCACUACCGACGUUAAACUGUCGCGAUGUAAGAAUCAACCGUGGGGCUUUCGACUCUCCGGAGGUGUGGACUUUACUUUUCCUUUGACCGUCGUCAGAGUGACGAUCGGAGGCUUGGUCCCUAUAGCUGGUUUGUAAGCGGGCGACGUAGUGAUCCGCGUGAAUGGAGAGCCAAUAAGUCAACUCACACAUAUGCAAGUCUAUAAUAAGCUUGUCAACGUCGGCAAUGAUAUCGUUUUAUCCGUUGUGCAAAGUCACGAGAUCGUGCAACAGAAGUAAUAAUGGUUUCCCCUUGCCAUUGACUUAUUUUUUUACGAGCUU